GGGAGCCGUGACGAGUCCGGAAGCGCCUGAGGGCGCCCCUCCAAACGAGAACUAGUUUUGUUUCGCGUCCCUCGGACGGGAGUCCGUCGGAGAGAACCCCCGGCAGGGCCAACCCGACACUCGGCAGCACCGCAGCAAUGUCCAGCAACAGCUUCGCUUACAGUGAGCAGUCCGGAGGAGGGGAGGCGACGGAGCUGGGUCAGGAGGCGACCUCAACCAUUUCCCCCUCCGGCGCCUUCGGCCUCUUUAGCAGCGAUAUGAAGAAGAAUGAAGAUCUAAAGCAAAUGUUAGAGAGCAACAAAGAUUCUGCUAAAUUGGAUGCUAUGAAACGGAUUGUUGGGAUGAUUGCAAAAGGGAAAAAUGCAUCUGAACUGUUUCCUGCUGUUGUGAAGAAUGUGGCCAGUAAAAAUAUUGAGAUCAAGAAGUUAGUAUAUGUUUACCUGGUCCGAUAUGCUGAAGAACAGCAGGAUCUGGCACUCUUGUCCAUAAGCACUUUUCAGCGAGCUCUGAAGGACCCAAAUCAACUAAUUCGUGCAAGUGCUUUGAGAGUUCUGUCAAGUAUUAGAGUGCCAAUUAUUGUACCUAUUAUGAUGCUUGCUAUUAAGGAAGCUUCUGCUGACUUAUCACCAUAUGUUAGGAAGAAUGCAGCCCAUGCGAUACAAAAAUUGUACAGCCUUGAUCCAGAGCAGAAGGAAAUGUUAAUUGAAAUAAUUGAAAAACUUCUGAAGGAUAAAAGCACAUUGGUGGCUGGCAGUGUUGUCAUGGCUUUUGAAGAAGUAUGCCCGGAUAGAAUAGAUCUCAUUCACAAGAAUUACCGCAAGCUAUGUAAUUUACUAGUUGAUGUAGAAGAGUGGGGGCAGGUUGUCAUAAUCCACAUGCUAACUCGAUAUGCUCGUACACAAUUUGUCAGUCCUUGGAAAGAGGGUGAUGGUCUAGAGGACAAUGAAAAGGAUUUCUAUGAUUCUGAUGAGGAACAGAAGGAAAAGACUGACAAAAGGAAGAAGCCAUAUACUAUGGAUCCAGACCAUAGACUUUUAAUUCGGAAUACAAAGCCUUUGCUUCAGAGCAGGAAUGCAGCGGUGGUUAUGGCAGUUGCUCAGCUGUAUUGGCACAUAGCACCAAAAUCAGAAGCUGGCAUUAUUUCUAAAUCACUAGUGCGUUUACUUCGUAGCAAUAGGGAGGUGCAGUAUAUUGUCCUACAGAAUAUAGCAACUAUGUCAAUUCAGAGAAAGGGUAUGUUUGAACCUUAUCUGAAGAGUUUUUAUGUUAGGUCAACCGAUCCAACUAUGAUCAAGAUACUGAAGCUUGAAAUUUUGACAAACUUGGCAAAUGAAGCCAACAUAUCAACUCUUCUUCGAGAAUUUCAGACCUAUGUGAAAAGCCAGGAUAAACAGUUUGCAGCAGCCACUAUUCAAACUAUAGGCAGAUGUGCCACCAACAUCUCAGAAGUCACUGACACGUGCCUUACUGGCCUGGUGUGUCUGCUGUCCAACAGGGAUGAAAUAGUUGUUGCUGAAAGUGUGGUUGUUAUUAAGAAAUUACUGCAAAUGCAACCUGUACAACAUGGUGAAAUUAUUAAACAUAUGGCCAAACUCUUGGACAGUAUCACUGUUCCUGUGGCUAGAGCAAGUAUUCUUUGGCUAAUUGGAGAAAACUGUGAACGAGUUCCUAAAAUUGCCCCUGAUGUUUUGAGGAAGACAGCUAAAAGCUUCACUGGUGAAGAUGAUCUGGUAAAGCUGCAGAUUUUAAAUCUUGGAGCAAAACUGUAUUUAACCAACUCCAAACAGACAAAAUUGCUUACCCAGUACAUAUUAAAUCUCGGCAAGUAUGAUCAAAACUACGACAUCAGAGACCGUACAAGAUUUAUUAGGCAGCUUAUUGUUCCGAAUGAGAAGAGUGGAGCUUUAAGUAAAUAUGCCAAAAAAAUAUUCCUGGCUCAAAAACCCGCACCACUGCUUGAGUCUCCUUUUAAAGGUAGGGAUCAUUACCAGCUUGGCACUUUGUCUCAUACUCUCAACACUAAAGCUACUGGGUACCUGGAAUUAUCUAAUUGGCCAGAGGUGGCACCUGACCCAUCAGUUCGAAAUGUAGAAGUAAUAGAGUUGGCAAAAGAAUGGACCCCAGCAGAAAAAGCAAAGAAAGAGAAUCCUGAUAAAUUUUAUUCUGAAUCUGCGGAGGAGGAGGAGGACUCUUCUGAGAGCAGCAGUGACAGUGAGAGUGAAUCUGGAAGUGAAAGUGGGGAACCAGAGGAGGAAGGAGACAGCAGUGAGGACUCCAGUGAGCAUGAGAGUGAGAGUGGAAGUGAGUCAGAGGCAGAAAACAAAAGAGCAGCCAAGAAGAACUCCAAAACCAAAGGAAAAAGUGAUUCUGAAGACGUGGAUAAGGAAAAUGAAAACUCUAAAACUUCUGAUUCUUCCAAUGCUGAAUCUAGUUCAAUAGAAGACAGUUCUUCAGAUUCUGAAUCAGAAUCAGAAUCUGAAAGUGAAUCUGAAUCCAGAAAAGUUACUAAGGAGAAAGAAAACAAAACAAAGCAAGAUAGAAAUCCUCUUACCAAAGAUGUUUCACUUCUAGAUCUAGAUGAUUUUAACCCAGUGUCCACUCCAGUUGCACUUCCCACCCCAGCUCUUUCUCCAAGCUUGAUAGCUGAUCUUGAAGGUUUAAACUUGUCAGCUUCUUCAUCAGUCAUCAGUGACUUCAUCUAGAUGAGAUCCAUAUCCUUCUGUCUCCUAAGUUACAAUUCAUUUAAGUGCAAGCAGCAUGGCUGGUUUUUAGAUGCUGUGGCCCCAUUGUGAAAUGUGUGGAACAACUACCAAUCCCCUCACAUACUUUUAUAAAGUACUAUUAUGUAGCCUGGCUUUCCUCUGAGAAUCUCCCUUUGGAUCUUGCUGUCCCAUAACAAAUAUUCUCAGCAUGACCUCACUCACAAUUCUCUAGAAUUCUUUGGCGAAAUCAUUAUUACCAGCAAGAUGGUUUGUAUGAAGCUCCCAGAUGUUUCAUCUAGGCCAUUCCCUUUUCAUCCUCAUGUUCCUUCCUCAUAUGAGGCCCAUUCCAUCUUCCUAUACCCUUUUCCUUUCCUUGUCAUUCUCAUCUUGGGAUCUCUUAAUCAUUUACCCACAUUCAGUGAAGAUCUUGGCAUCUUCCACAUACUCUCGUCAGUCCACCAUCAUCCUGAGACAUCUCUCUGUACAUAUUUUCAACCUGUGCAGUAUGUAACCUCACAGCCUCUUGAUCUGUUCAGUACCAAUAACUGACCUGUACUGAAUUUCAACCACAUCCUCUUUCAUUUCAACUCUGAAAUCAUGUCUCACUCCCAUACUUGUGCCUGUCAUGUUAACAUCUUCAGACCCUUCACUCCUCUAGAUUUUUUAAUAUUUAGCCUAGAUUUACAACAACCCUAAAAGAUAGGUCAGAGUUUCCCCACUUCACAGAUGUGAAAAUUGAGGUCUCUAAAGCAUGAGAAACUUUUUUAGUGUCACAGGAUUAGUAAGUUGCAGAGCCAGAGGUUCAGCUCAUCUAUCUGGCUUCAAAGCUCAGCACUUUCUACCCCUCCUCACUGAGUGUAUAAGGGAGGUAACACUUUUAAGAGAAUUAUUUUUACAAGAACCUGUGGUACGGAUUGGAGUAGAAGGAAUCUAGAGACAGGGAGGCCAAUUUGAAUGGGCAAGCAGAAUAAAAGGGGAGCAAAAGAUAGAGAGGGACACCAAAUUGUUAAUUAUGGUUAAACCUGAGGGG